AUGGAGGAUGAGGACGUGGCGAUCUGCUUGUUGUGCAGCCUCCCCAAGAGCUACGAGAACGUCGUGCUGAACUUGGAGAUGAGCAGCGCGGAACUGCGGACGCAAGACGUCGUGAUAGUGCUGACGAGUGAGCACAUCAAGAGACAAGGAAACAAGGAAACAAGACGACGUCGGUGA